AUGCGCCGAGGCACUAGUACUUUCCUCUACCGGUGCGCGUUGAUGAUGGCUGUGGUGGUUAGCGCAGCCGUUGUGUCGGCGGCACCGAUGUACACGGUGGAGCUGGUGCAGGUGGUGCACCGCCACGGAUCCCGCUCCCCGAUCGUUGAUGACAACAACACACUGAUCUGCGGCACCGUGUUCCCGUGCGGGUUUCUCAACUACGAGGGUCAGAGGAUGCUGGAGAACUUCGGUAAGUACCUGCGCUACCGCUACACGGAGGAUCCUGAGGUGGUGUUGGAGCCAUACUUUUCGCAAGAGUCGUACAACCUGUCUGUCUCGUACUCGCGCUCCACUGAUGUGCUGCGCACGCUACAGAGCGCCAACGGGAUGCUUCGUGGCCUCUUCCCGAGCAUCCCAGACUUCUAUCCUGCGAUCCACACACUGCGCGCGGAUGAUGAUGCGCUACUGCAGAGCUCAGCGGUGCCGAUUCUUCGCGCUCGCUACAAGUACGCGGAUCAGGAGCGUCGGAAUGUGUGCGAUCCAGUGUUGGACAGCCGAAUGUCAUUUGAUCAGCUGCAGGCGGUUGCGGCGGAGGUAUAUUCGCAGAAAUUUUGCGCUAACUACACUCUGCGCUCGCGUUGUGCGAUGCGACUGUGCGACAUUGCACUGGCGUACCAGUCCACGGGCCAGUUACUCAGCUUCCCGCUGCUUGGUCAGCAUCUGGACGAUGUAUGCGCUGUGACGGCGGCAGUUCACCACUUCUCCUUCGCCUACAAUGCUAGCAACCCCAUCCACAAGGAGCAAGGUGCGUCAUUCUUCAUGCUGGCGAACCAGAUGGUGAAAAACAUGAAGAAGCACCUGAAUAAAGCGACGGCGCCGCCGUACAAGCUGUACCAUUACAGCGGGCACGACACCACUGUCGCGCCCCUGUCGGCUGUGUUUGGUGACAGCUCGCUGGAUGCGAUGCUGCCGCCCUUCGGCACGGCGUUCAUCAUGGAGCUCCUAUCUCUGGCGGAUGCGCCGGCCACGUCAUCGUCGAAGUUCUACGUGCGGCUGCUGCGCGGCCACCCUGGCGUGACACCGGCAAGCAACUUCACCUUCGCGCUGAGUCACUUUGAGAUGCACUGCCAGGACGAGAUGGGCAACACAUACACUGCCCUACAUAACAUCUGUCCCUUCGCUGACUUUGAACGCUUCAUAAACUCCGCCGCGCCAACGAGCCCGAUGGGCACGUGCUACCUCGACCCUGGCCAGCUGUUCCGCAUGGACUGCCCGAUCGAUGCCACCGCCGACAACCGCAGUUUGUCAGCUGACUGCCUCUUCUACCGCAAACAAUGCAGCAGUUACGCGUGCGGAACUGGGUACUACCUCGACGGGACCAACUACGGCUGCUACCGCAUCCCGGCGAGCGCCUCAACGCCGCCGUCGCCGCGCAUCUCCAGUGGCGGUAUUGCUGCCCUGAGCAUUGUGCUCUUCAUCGCUGGCGGAACGGUGAGCGUCGUUGGCGUAGAGGUGUUGAGGCGCCUCAAGAAGAACAGGGCCGAUAAAGUUGUGGUGGUCGGCGUCUGA